AUGACUAGUAUGGGAGGGCCCCCUGGAAACGACGAUGAUCGACGCGGCGGAACAAGAGUUUUUAAAAAGGCCAGCCCUAAUGGCAAAAUCACAACUUAUCUAGGAAAACGUGAUUUCAUCGACCGAGGCGACUAUGUAGAUCUUAUAGAUGGUAUGGUUCUCAUCGAUGAUGAAUACAUAAAAGAUGAAAAAAAAGUAACUGCCAAUCUCCUAGCUGCUUUUCGAUAUGGACGUGAAGAUUUGGAUGUUUUGGGUCUUACUUUUCGUAAAGAUCUUAUCGUGCAGUCGUUCCAGGUUUAUCCAGUUAUUGAAUCUAAUCAGCGUUCGUUAACUCGAUUGCAAGAACGACUAAUGAAAAAAUUAGGUCCUAACGCUUUUCCUUUCUGGUUUGAGAUACCCCCUCGCAGUGCAAGCAGUGUAACAUUACAACCCGCUCCCGGCGACACUGGUAAACCAUGUGGUGUCGAUUAUGAGCUAAAAACCGUUGUUGGGGGGCCAGAUGCUGUGAACGAGAAAUCAAAGAAGCAAUCUUUGAGUAGCGUGAGGCUUGCGAUCCGAAAAUUAACUUAUGCGCCCUAUGAACCGAGACCACAACCAAUGGUGGAAGUGUGUAAGGAGUUCAUGAUGAGUCCUGGUUUAUUACAUAUGGAGGCCUCAUUAGAUAAAGAGACGUAUUAUCAUGGGGAAUCAAUUGCCGUUAAUGUUCACUUGCAAAAUAAUAGUAGCAAAACAGUAAAGAAGAUGAAGAUUAGUGUAGUUCAAGUCGCUGAUAUAUGCCUUUUCACUACAGCGUCUUAUACAUGUGAAGUAGCUAGAGUUGAUAGCAACGAGGGCUUUCCUUUAGGAGCUGGAGGCACGAUGUCCAAAGUUUAUGCACUAUGCCCCCUUUUAAAAAAUAACAAAGACAAACGAGGGUUAGCUUUAGAUGGACAGCUGAAGCAUGAAGAUACUAAUCUCGCAUCUAGCACAAUUAUCGAUUCCGGAAUUUCUAAAGAAAACCUGGGAAUUUGCGUGCAAUAUAAGGUUAAAAUAAGAGCAACUAUUGCUGGUUUCGGAAGUAAAUUAGGUGGAGGAGAAUUGGUAGCGGAACUUCCGUUUACUCUUACUCAUGCCAAGCCAGCCGAAACACCUGAAAAGCGUGAGCGAUCCGUUCCGUCAGUCCCACAACCGUGUGAGCCUAAUCCAUUGGAUAUAGAUUUGAUACAGUUGAAUGAUGACAUAGAGCAACCAUCAAAUGGUCGACCAGUUGACUACGAUGAUUUGAUUUUCGAAGACUUUGCACGUUCCCGUGUUCAGGGUCCCUUGGAAGAGGGACAACAGAGUUUGAAUAACUCUGUGCUAUAG